GCUUCGUGCCCUACCGCCAUUAGGCCUCCUGCUGCAAUCUUGUCUCGAAAGAAAAAAAAGAUUAGGCCUCCUGCAAUCUACAGACUAGACAAGGCGGCGGGAUGAUCUACCGGAGCUGGUCGCUGCUCUCGUCGACGGUGGCGAUCUGGGGCGGUGCCGCCGCCGCAGGGCUCGCCGUCGUCUCCCUCUCUGGCGGCAAGGAAAAGUUUCAGGACUACCUGUGCCGCGAAGGCGAUAGGCUGAGGCGGCAGGACAGGGCCACCAUGGCCAGCGCCAACUAACGAACGGACCAUGAAAGAAAGCGCCACGGAGACGAAGAAACGAGCAUUUCAUCAUGUAUCCGCAUCCGUGACGGCGUCGUCUUGGUCCAAUAAUCCUCAUUUGCGGUGCUUUAAACAUGGUGUGGUCUGGUGUCCUCAUCGAAUCCAAUAAUCGUUGAUAGACAUGAUGUGGAACUUGGUACGGCCUGAUGAGCUUCGCUUUCCGGCUUGUCAAGUGGCCCGAACCAUUGUCUUGGCAACAAUUUCGUCCUUGUCAGUGAACAAUCUUUGUCCCAUUUCGGAUUUGAUCACUGUUUCGGAUAUGCGUGAAUAAUAAACACCGUGGUCCGUGGGAUCCGCUAAAAUCCAAAUCCAAUUGGCUGUU